AUGGCGAAGAGGCGUGUGCACACACAUUUACAGUCAGCGGAUCUGUUUGCUUACUUUUCUCCAGUGCAAAAGGAGCGUCAGAAGAUGACCCCGGUGACGUGCGAUGCGUUAUGCUCCGGUGGUCCGACGGUGUUGCAGGAGUUAGAAAUUGAAGGUUUGGAGCAGUUGGAUGGGACGGAGUUGUCGAGGAGUUUCCCGAAUAUAUACGGGCAACCUGUUGUGAGUAUUGAGCAGGAUAUGAGCUCGGAUUCUUCUUCUGGCGCAUUGGUGCAUCCGGAGGCGCUUAUUACGGAGACGCCCCCCAUGACAGUGGGGCCCAUGACAGUGGGGUUGGUAUUAUCCGGUGGACCGGCGCCUGGGGGUCACAAUGUAAUAGCUGGAGUUUAUGACUACAUUAAGCGGGUUAAUCCGGCUAGUCGCAUGGUAGGGUUUAAGGGUGGUCUGGAUGGGUUGUUCAAUAACGAGCACAUCGAGGUCACCGACGAGUUAAUGGACCGGAGUCGGAAUAGCGGCGGUUUUGACAUGUUUUGGUCUGGUCGCGGGAUGGUUACGGAGAAGCAGAAACCAUUGGCGUUGCAAGCCGUAACCACCUUGGCGCUGAACGGUCUCAUUGUGGUUGGUGGUGAUGGAAGCAAUAGCAAUGCUGCUUUGUUGGCAGAGUACUUCGCAGCUCACAAAUCAAACACCAAUGUCAUUGGAGUGCCCAAGACCAUUGACGGGGACCUGAAAAACGCCGCAGUUGAAUGUUCAUUUGGUUUCGACACCGCCGCCAAGACUUAUUCCGAGCUGAUUGGAAACCUCUGCACCGACUGCUCAUCGGGACAGGGCGUCUGGCACUUUGUCCGCGUCAUGGGUCGGUCUGCGAGUCACUUGGUGUUAGAGUGCGCAAUGCAGACUCGUCCCAACUUGGUGUUCAUCGGCGAAGAGGUAGAGGCCAAAAACAUCAGUCUGAAAGAGAUUGUGGACGACAUUGUGGAACUGGUUCUCGAGCGGCGCGCCGUUAAGAAGGACUACGGAAUUGUGUUGGUGCCGGAAGGACUUAUUGGUUUCAUUCCAGAGAUGAAGUUGUUAAUAGCGGAAAUGAGUGAGCAGUUAUGCAAGGGGCAGCAGUUUGAUGAGGGGUGUCUUUCCCAGGCGUCUCAGGACCUGUGGCAUUUUUUACCGUCUCAGAUUCAGCAGCAAUUGCUGACGGAUCGCGAGGCCUCAGGCUACGUGCAAGUGGCGAAAAUCGCCACGGAGAGGCUGCUCAUUUUGUUGGUGGAGGAGGGUCUACGAGCACGUGGUAUUGACAUCAAGACGUGGAACCGGAUGCAUCACUAUUUCGGGUACGAGGGACGAUGUGCGAUGCCGUCAAACUUUGACGCGAACUACUGCUACAAUCUUGGCAUGACUGCAGGCUGUCUGAUUCACCAUCGCAAAAAUGGCUACAUGGCGAUUGUCAAGGACCUGGUACAGGAGGCGUCCUUGUGGACCGCGGCGGGCGUCCCGUUUACCAAGGUGAUGCGCAUGCUUGACUUGCCAUUGGGUCGUGUACCCGGUGUGAUACGUCAGUUGGUCGAUGUGAAGUCGCCCGCUUUUCGUGUCUUCGAGUCAGUCCGACCGGACUGGCGACUCGGGGACUACUACCGAUCGCCGGGUCCCAUCCAGUUUUUGGGGCCCUGUGCUGAUGUCAGUAACUGUGUCGUGGCGGUGCCUUCACGUGAGGAUUUGCUGGCGGGCAGGAUUCCCGAGCUGCAACACUAUUCUGGUCUCGGGCGUGCGGACACUCCUAAGCGUUUCGGCUGCUACUCACAGUUGCAGCAAUUACGUAUUUUGUGGCGCCCACCUAUCCCGGACAUCUGUCACGACCCGUGGGCGUCUUGUUCCAAGGCGACUCAAUACCUGCCGAAAGAUCCGUAUAUCCGUCGUCAGACUUUGAGUUACUGUCCGCGUUUGUGCAAGGAGAACGAGUUUCAUUUGCAAGAGAUCAAGUGUAGCAUCUCACCGGCACAAGCAUCUUCGACUCAGGUACGUCGACGUCGGGUGGGGGUGGCCUUCUUGUCUCGUCAGUCUCCGGGCUUGCACAAUAUUGUUUGGGGCAUGCGAGAGCGUCUCAAGCUUACAGGAGGCACGUUACUUGGUUUCAAACGGGGUGCUGAGGGGUUGUUGGCUGACCAAUGGAUUGAAGUUACGGAUGAAGACGUCCAGCCAUUCCGCAACCUUGGCGGUGCAGACCUAUUAGGACGUGGAACAACGCAUAUGUUGCUGGACCCGACUAAUCGACGUCGUGUUCUGGACGUAUGUCGAGCGAACGCUCUGGAUGGAUUGGUGCUCGUUGGGUCAUCCCUGGCCAUGACUGAGACUGCAUAUUUGGCGGAGUACUUCUUGACUAAGGGCAGUCGCUGCUGCGUCGUUGGUGUGCCUGCGACGGCUUCCAAUAAUUUGGCGCACGAGCUGAUGGAGACCAAUAUAGGUUUUGACACGGCCAGCAAACUAUACUCCUCACUGAUUGGUAAUGUGCUCACCGACGCCGCCUCUAUGCCUAAGUAUUGGCAUUUCGUCCGCCUUAUGGGUCGUCAGCCGUCGAACGAAGUGUUGGAGUGUGCACUUCAAACACACCCCAACUGUGUGGUCAUUGCCGAGGAGUAUGGUGCGGCACAAAAGACUCUGGACGACGUCGUGAAGGACAUCGCGGAUGUUGUAUGUGAACGAGCACGCGCGACACCGACCCCGCGCAACUUUGGGGCGGUGCUGAUCCCUGAUGGGUUGUGGCAUCACCUGCCGACUAUGAAGUUGUUGCUCCAAGAUCUGGAUCGUGUGAUGGUUGCUGCGAGUGCGGCUGGCGAACAGUUGCAGGCUGAACAGGAGUUGUUGGAUAUGGCUAACUUUGCUGAAGAAGUUAACAGUGCCGACGCUCCCACCACGGCUGGGAGUUUGGAGAGCACACCAAAGAGUCGUAGUCCGGCGCUGCUGGAGUCCCCGGCUAGUGCUUCACGGUUGCUCGAAGUGGGUCGAAGUGAAAGCGCACUUCCCGAAAUCGGACGCACAGAGAGCGCGAGGACCGACGGCGGCGUCACAAGAGCGGAGACGGUGCGUGCGACUCCUCCGAAAACGCGUAAAUGGAGUCAGAAAAUCGCCCCAUGGAGUGCCGCAGUGUGGCGUAGUUUGCCGGCGUAUAUUCGACGUGAGUUUUUGACGACGGAUUACGAGUUACGGGACUCUUUUGUGGAGACGGAGGUGUUGUUGUCACAGUUAGUCCGUGCGGAAUUGGAGAGACGGAAGACAAGAGGUGAGUAUGUAGGAACGUUCCAGUGUGUGUGUCAUUACUUUGGUUACCAGGGUCGGUCCGCUAUGCCGUCUAAUUUUGAUGCUACCUUGGGUUUGGUUCACGGCUAUUUGGCAGCAAUUUGUGUGGAGUCAGCUAUCACAGGACAUCUGACAACGGUGCGUGGGUUAACAGGUGACGUGAAGGAUUGGAAGUUAGGUGCCAUCCCAUUCAAUUGUUUAUUGACACUUGUGCCAUCCCAGCAGAACGAUGCAGUCCACCCACAACUGUCUACGGCCUACACUCAGGAACAGCUGCCGAUCCUGCCUAACGCCGAGACGGAUCUCAACUCCAAGGCGCUUCGCUGGCUCAUGGUUGCCCGGGCUAGUUGGAGCAAACAGGACCGUUUCUGCAACCCCGGACCUAUUCAGUUCUGGGGCACUGCUAGCAAGUUCUACCACCGCAUUCUCCACGAGGAACAAGCAGACUAUAGCCGUAUGCUACGACACGUCCAAAAAUAUGCUGAAAUUCUACGAGAUGCAUGCAGCUUCGGUGUCGAUGAAGAAUUCCUCAAAUUCGCGUACUCAAGUCUACACGGUCUAUUAGCUCUACGCUUCUAUGGGGAUCAUCUACUAACCAACCUCGCACCACCCACCCAUAAUGCACUACCCCUGUAUCCAGACGAAGAUUCCACAGACGAAAACGAGCCGCAAAUAGAACACAAACGUAUCGCCACACGUCUGCCAAGCAAGUCCGACUGGAAACGCUCCUUCAUCGGCUUUUAA